AAAGGGUCAGGCCGUCAGGGUGGGUUGGGUCGUCAGGGUUAGGCUUAGGGUUCGAGGUUUUCUUCUUCAAGCCUGCAACCCUUCUUCCGGUCCAACCUCCAAGUCGCCAUUCAGACAACCUUCAGCACCACUGACGGCCCUCUCCCUUCCAAACCUCCAUUUGUCGCCUCUGCAACUUCUCCCCUCCGCCAUUGAAGCAAGCCUCAACGCUGCAAAGUUCCUAUUCCGCUCCUAGUCGCCAUUGAAGCAAUACCUCUCACUUUAUUAUUUCGCAGUUGUCGUUAUUUUCCGGCGGUCCAAAUCACUGUUAGCACCAAUAUCCUUUUGGGAUCAACAAAAGGGAAACCUGAACAAUGGUGCAAUACAACUUCAAGAAGAUCACUGUUGUCCCCAGUGGGAAGGACUUCAUUGACAUCAUCCUCUCCCGCACCCAGCGUCAGACCCCAACUGUUGUCCACAAGGGUUAUGCCAUCUCUCGCCUUCGUCAAUUCUACAUGCGUAAAGUGAAAUUCACUCAACAGAACUUUCACGAGAAGCUUUCUACCAUCAUUGAUGAGUUUCCUAGGCUGGAUGACAUACAUCCAUUCUAUGGAGACCUUCUCCAUGUGCUUUAUAAUAAAGAUCACUAUAAGCUUGCUUUAAGCCAGAUCAACACUGCAAGGAAUCUCAUUGGUAAGAUUGCAAAGGAUUAUGUUAGGCUGUUGAAGUAUGGUGAUUCACUCUAUAGAUGCAAAUGUCUGAAGGUUGCGGCACUUGGACGCAUGUGUACGGUGAUCAAACGUAUUGGUCCUAGCUUGGCCUACCUAGAGCAGAUAAGACAACACAUGGCAAGGCUACCUUCAAUUGACCCAAACACCCGGACAAUCUUGAUUUGUGGGUAUCCAAAUGUUGGCAAGAGCUCAUUUAUCAACAAGAUCACUAGAGCUGAUGUGGAUGUACAGCCAUAUGCAUUCACCACAAAGUCUCUCUUUGUUGGUCAUACUGACUAUAAAUACUUAAGAUACCAGGUGAUUGAUACUCCAGGGAUAUUGGACCGUCCUUUUGAGGAUCGUAACAUCAUUGAGAUGUGCAGCAUCACUGCUCUGGCCCACCUUCGAGCUGCUGUCUUAUUUUUCCUGGAUAUAUCUGGGUCUUGUGGGUACAGCAUUGCUCAGCAGGCUGUUCUUUUCCACAAUAUCAAGUCAUUGUUUAUGAACAAACCACUAAUUAUUGUCUGCAACAAGACAGAUCUGCAGCCAUUUGAUGAACUUUCUGAUGAAGACAAGAAGUUGGUCAUGGAGAUGAAAGAUGAAGCUAUGAAAACUGUUAUAGGUCAAGGUGGUGAGGCUAUUAAUGAUGAUGGUGUCCUUUUGACUAUGAGUACUUUGACCGAGGAUGGAGUCAUAGCUGUGAAGAAUGCAGCCUGUGAGAGACUAUUGAAUCAACGUGUAGAAUUAAAGAUGAAGUCAAAGAAGAUGAAUGAUUGCCUGAAUCGUUUUCAUGUUGCAAUCCCAAAGCCACGGGAUCAGAAGGAAAGGCUACCUUGUAUUCCACAGGCAGUUUUGGAAGCCAAAGCUAAGGCAGCAACAGAAAAAGAGAAGAGGAAAGUUGAAAAAGAUUUGGAGAAUGAGAAUGGUGGGGCUGGUGUUUACUCAGCUAACUUGAGGAAGAAUUAUAUCUUAGCAAAUGAUGAAUGGAAAGAAGAUAUAAUGCCAGAAAUAUAUGAUGGUCACAAUGUCGCAGACUUUAUUGAUCCAGACAUCUUGCAUAGACUUGAGGAGUUGGAGAGGGAAGAGGGGCUCCGGCUUGAACAGGAAGCCGAUGAUGAUGAUUUUGAGAUGGAUGGUAAGGAGUUAACUCCAGAAGAGCAAGAAGCCUUGGCCGAAAUUAGGAAGAAAAAAAGCUUGCUCGUUCAACAUCAUAGGAUCAAGAAGAGCACUGCAGAGAGUAGGCCUACUAUACCAAGAAAAUUUGAUAAAGACAUGAAAUUCACAUCAGAGAGGAUGGGGAGGCAGCUGUCUGCAUUGGGGCUUGACCCCACUUCAGCCAUUAACCGGGCACACAGCAGGUCUGUCUCUAGGAGGGGCCGGAAGAGAGAGCGAUCAUUGUCCAGGGAAGAUAAUGAUGGUGAUGCUAUGGAUAUGGAUGCUGAUCUACCUAGCAAGAAGCUACGUAUGAGAACUAGAUCAAGAUCACACCCACCUAGUGAUGUUGUUCCAGGAGAGGGCUUUAAGGAUUCUGCACAGAAAGUGAAAGCUGUAAAACUUGCUAAGAAAUCUGUCAAGAAAAGGAACAAGGAUGCUCGGCGGGGAGAGGCAGAUAGGGUCAUUCCAACUUUGAAACCCAAGCACUUAUUCUCUGGGAAGCGCUCCAUUGGAAAAACUAGCAGACGUUGAUAUAAUUUAAGCAAGAGAAAUAUUUGAGAUCAACAAGUUGACAUGGUUGAGUGGUAAGUUUGAAAUGAAAGAUUUGGAUGCAACAAAGAAAAUUCUUGGCAUGGAGAUUUAGAGGGAUCGAAAAGCAGGGAGGUUGUAUUUGACACAACAACAGUAUAUUGAGAAGGUCCUAAGCAUUUUGGCAUGAAAGAUGCUAAACCAGUAAGUACUUCUCUUGCAGCCCAUUUUAGACUUUCAGCUAAUUCAUCAGCACAGAUGGAUGAAGAAAAAAGAUAUGUCACAUGUCCCUUAUUCUAGUAUAGUUGGGAGUAUUAUGUAUACUAUGGUUUGCACACGACCUGACAUUUCACAUGCAGUUAGUGUGGUGAGCAAAUAUAUGUCAUGUUCCAACAAGGCACAUUGGCAGGUCGUGAAGUGGAUUCUCAGAUACUUAAAAGGAACAUCAUAUGCUUGUUUGGAGUUCGGGAGUAGUAAUAGCUUGAUGGGCUAUGUUGAUUCAAAUUAUGUAGGUGAUCUUGACAAAAGGUCACUCAUAGGUUAGGUAUUUUCUAUUGGUGGUUGUGUUAUUAGUUGGAAAGUUACUUUACAGUCUACAAUUCCUUUGUCUACUACUGAGGCUAAGUAUAUGGCAGUGACUGAGGCAGUUAAAGAAGCUAUUUUCUUAAGAGGUUUGUUUGGUGAACUCAGUUUGGGUACAAAGGUGAUUGUUCUCUAUUGUGACAGGUAGAGUGUUAUUCAUCUGACUAAGGAUCAAAUGUGCCACCAUGAGAGGACGAAACACAUUGAUAUGAGGUACCACUUUGUCCAUGAUGUUGUAGAGCAAGGAAAUAUCAUUGUGAAGAAGAUUGGCACUAUAGAAAACCUAGUUGAUAUGUCAACAAAGCCUCUUCCUAUGGCUGAGUUCAAGCAUUUCUUGGACCUGAUUGGUGUUUGUAGCAUUUGAGUUUGCCCAUUGGGGGCUUUUGUUGGAGAAGCUGGAGGGAGCUUGUUUUUUUAUGAUGCUUGAGAGAAUUCAAGCCAAGGUAGAGUUUUGUUAUGGUUAUGGUUGUGACUCGAAUUCUUUGUUACGACCCACUUCAUGAACCCGCACCGAAUUAAGUUAAGAAAAACCAAAAGGCAAAAUUUCAUAGUGGUUUGUAUUUAGCUUAUGGCUCCAAACUGAAUACGAAGUGUUGUGUAUUUCAGGGGCUUUCUCUUUUGUAUGCUUAGUCUUUCGUCUUGUGAGAUAAGUGUGAGACUUUGGGUGUAUUUGGGGUUUAGAGUUUUCUGUGAAUGUAUAACUUUGUAUUACUCUCCAUUACAUGGUGGAUUUCUGCUCCUCCGCCCAUGGAAGUAGGCUAUUAGCCGAACCAUGUAAAUUUGUGUGUUUUCUUUGCU